AUGGAGGCCAGGGGCUCGACUGGCAGAGGCCAGAAGAGGCUGCCUAUCCACACGAAGCAGGGGGAAGGGCUUGACUGGCAGAGGCCAGGAGAGGUUGCCCGCCCCCGCAAAGCAACGGGAAAGGCUCGACCGGCGGAGGCCAGUAGAGGUUGCCCGUUCCUGCCAAAGCAGGGGGAGGGUCUCGAACGGCGGUGGGCAGGGGAGGCUGCCCAUCCAGCCGAAGCAGGGGAAGGGGCUCGGACCGGCGGUGGGCCAGGGGAGGAGCCUGCCCAUCCCAGGUCCCGAGCAGAGGAAGGGCUCCGACCGGCGGUGGCCAGGAAGGCUGCCCAUCCAGGGCCGAAGGGGCAGGGGAAGGGGCUUCGCCGGCGGUAUCCAGGUGAUCUGGCCCGUCCCAGGCCGAGGCAGGAGGAGGGCUCGACCGGCAGUGGCCCAGGAGAGGCUGCCCCUCCGCCUAAGCAAGGGGGAGGCGCUCGACCGGGCGGUGGCCAGAGAGGCCUGGCCCGGUCCCAUCCGGAAGCAGGGGAAGGGGCUCGACCGGGUGGCCAGGAGAGGCUGCCCGUCCCAUCCCGAAGCAGGGGGAAGGGGCUCGACCGGGGCGGUGCCAAGAGGGCUGGGCCCGUCCGCAGUCCAAGGUAG